AUGGGCGGCGAGAAGGUCGGACGGCACGUGGUGCACUGCCGCCUCUUCAACCGCAAGACGCUCACGGACGGCUACAUCAACCAGCGCAUGUUCAUGCUGCGGAUGUCCCAGAAUGACGACCUGGUGUACGCCGUGCUGGCCAACGAGAAGGCGCACGGCCUGGCGCCCAGCGACAACGGCAUCGAGGGGCUCAUGGAGGACUGCUCGCUGCUCGAGUGCGGGCUGGACGGGGCCAACAUCCUGCAGCAGGUCGAGAUCUACGCCUUCAAGUCGGACGGACAGUUCGAGGGCACGCAGUACGUGGUGGGGGACUUCGUGGUGAGCGUCUGCACGUUCAUGUCCCGCAACAACCUGCCGAGGGGGCUCAUCAUCGAGGUGCAGUACUCGCCGUGCUACACGGUCUCCCACGUGGACAUGCUCAUCGACGAGUUCCUGAGCAACUUCGCCUCGCACGACCACCUGCGCAAGCCCGUGGACAACAUGCCGGCGCUGUUCGAUAAGGUGGGGCUGCCGAACACAGAGUACAGCCUCAAGCACACGGCGCUGCAGUACGUGGCGGCCUUCAACAUCCUGCGGAAGUUUGAGAAAUAAGUGACGAACAUGCAGAGCAGUGUAGAGCGCUGCAAUUUAAGAUU